CCCCUCACCUCCGCUCCUGCCAUGUAACUUCUGUUAGCCCUCUUAUGUGGCAAAUAUAUCGAUCAUCAACAUGGAUUGAACGGACUGGGUUAUGACUUUUCACAUGGCAGGGCGUUGGAAAGCCAAUUUAUCUGACGGUUACAUGAGUGGAAUAAGCCCCGGUCCGCAGCUUCACUUGAACAGAGAAAGAGGAGAGAAGGUGAGCAGUGACCAUGGAGACUGUGUUUCAACCUCUCUUCACCACAGCUGGCCGGCUGUCUUGGCUGCUUCUCACCCUGAUCACAUCAUGGACAGUCUUGUGUUCAGCAGAUAUGAAGCAGACAAGAUGGCCAUUAUUCUCCCAGAAUCCAGUUCUCCUUGCCUGGAACGCUCCGACACAAGACUGCGGUCCGCGAUAUGGUGUAACUUUAUCCUUGGACCAGUUUGACAUUGUGGCAACCCCCAAUGAAGGCUUUGUCCGGCAGAACCUCACAAUUUUCUAUAAGGAGCGCCUCGGGUUGUAUCCCUAUUAUGAGCACGAUGGCACUGCAAUGAAUGGAGGCCUUCCACAGCUUGCCAGCCUCGCUCAGCACUUUGAAAAGAUGCCUGAAGGUUUGAAGAAAUAUAUACGUGAGCCAGAGGCAAAAGGGUUGUCUGUUAUUGACUGGGAGGAGUGGCGCCCACUGUGGAUCCGAAACUGGGAUGCUAAAGAUAUCUAUAGAAGUAAAUCCAAGGAACUGGUGGCCAAAAAGAACCCUAAGUGGACCCCAGAGCAAGUGGGAAAAGUUGCACUGCAGGAAUUUGAGCUGUCGGCUCGCAAAUUCAUGCUGGAGACUCUAAAAUUUGCCAAGAAUUCGAGGCCCAAUCAACUGUGGGGCUUCUACCUGUUUCCAGAUUGUUAUAACCAUGACUACAGGAGCGGCCUGAAGGACUACACAGGCCGCUGUCCUAGUGUGGAGAUGGAUCGCAACGAUCAGCUGAACUGGUUGUGGAUGGAGUGUACAGCAUUGUUCCCGUCUAUAUACAUGGAUUCUGUGCUGAGCUCUACAAAUUAUGGGCGCCUCUUCGUCCGUAACAGGGUGAAGGAGGCGAUGCGCCUGGCUUCUGUCGGGGAUGGAUUGGCACGUCCUGUUUUCGUUUACACCCGCCCAACUUACAUGAGUCAGAUGACCCUCCUAACUGAGACAGAUCUCGUCUCCACCAUCGGUGAGAGCGUGGCACUUGGAGCUGCAGGUGUAAUCUUCUGGGGGGACACCUUGUAUGUAAGCAGCAGCGCCAGCUGCUCCAUCCUAAAUGGGUAUUGCCAGGGAGCGCUGGGCCGGUACCUGCUCAAUGUGUCUACAGCAGCUGAGCAGUGCAGUCAGGUGGUGUGUAAAGCCCACGGCCGCUGUCUGCGAAAAAUACCAGACAGCGACGUGUACCUGCAUCUCAGCCCCUUAACACACAGCAUCACCAGUCAGGGUGGCAAGCUGAAAGUUACAGGCGUGCCUGAUCAAGCCGAGCUGGCUCUUUUGCGCAAACACUUCCAGUGCCAAUGCUACAGUGGGUACAGGGGUGAGGCCUGUGCCGAGAAAGAAAAAGGGAACAAUAAAGCCUCCAGUGUCUUAGGGACCUGGCCGCUUUGCUUUUUACUCCCACUAGGACUCCUCACUCUGCUACACUGAGGAAACUGAGAAACCCAAACUAUUCACUGCUUCUGCCAGACCUGAAAAGGACAGCUUGACAUAAAGGUGGUAAGUUCCUGUGCAUUAGUCGUACUGUACUGACAGCAGCAGAGGGACCGUCCUGUCACCAGAAAUCUCCCAGUAUGACAGGAGAUUUUUAUCCAAGCGCACAGACCCAUCUGACAGGAAUAUUUGUGUGUGACAAGCUGCACUGGCGGAGCUCCAACCUCAGGACCACCUCCCCAAACUAAUGUCCCCCCAUCAGUAAUGCAAGCGGUCAUUAGCCUAGAUCAAAUUAUGUCAAAAAUCACAACUAUCUCUUAAAGGCCUGUAACCUCCAGAUGAGGAGGUAUUGUAAUUGUUCGCACAGUACAAAAUGCCUUAUAACUAUGAUUGUUUGAUUUGUUUUCAAGGUUUUUUAUUAAUGAACAGAACAACGGGAAAACAUGGACAAAAAGUGGAAAAUGGGUACAAUUGAUGCCCAGCCACAUACAGUACUGACAAGUUGUUGGUACAUGACUUUAGAUGUUCUGCAAUCGCAUAUUGCUGCCCAUUUCAACAUCGUAGUUUGUGUCUGUUGAUGGGUCGAGUUGAUACAUGUUAUGACAUACAGCCUCAUGAAUUAAAUAUAAAAAGUGCAUUAUCCCAGAAGGUGAUCAAUAAGGACAAACUGAGUCUUACAUUUCUUUGGUUAUCUUUGGCUUAUAGAAACAACACGGCUGGACCUGUUUCAGUUCAAAAGUGUGCCUUGGGCUACAAAGUGCUCUUUUUUUAAUGGUUGCCUUCGUUUACAAGUUGUGAUUGUUGAGGUUUUCAUCUCAGCCCUCUGUUGGGCACAGUGCUUUAUACUGAUAUUAAUUAUAUGCCUACCAGUUGUUUUUUUAAUGAUCAGGACUGUGUAUAUAAAAAGGAAUGGGUGGAAAGACCUGUAAAGAUAAAUGUUCCUAAUUGUUUGCAAAUGGUUUCUUCUAAUUCACAUGGACAAAUUUCAGCAGGUAAUAUAGCUUUUGUUAAUUUUUUUGAUGAGAAAACAGACAGGUUUAUCACACUGUAGCAGUACAAAUACACAAUUAGAGUCUAAUCAUGGCCGAUUUAAGCUUGUCCCAGAUGUAUUGGUAUUGGCGUAUCCGUCGGCUGAUAGGUAACAAGAAAUCUUUUUACAGAGAUGCCAAAAUUAGGUUAAUUUUUCAUUUAUGUAAUAUUAUGCUCAUUCUGUUUCUUGCCCACAAUUCUGUAAUAACCAAAUAUAUGUUUGUGUUUAUUCUAAAAGAUAUUUGGCUGGUGUACUGCUAUCAGAGUUUUAUAAAACUUUCAAAUAUCUAUAUCAGCCUCACAAAUCCAAUAUUAGUCGGGCUCUGUACAUAAUUAUUUGUUUUGAUUUUCUGUUUUUUAGCGUGUAGUUUGACUUGUUUGCACAGCAGUUGGUGUCAGGACUCCUGCCAUUAACACUGCGUAGAUAUCAACUACUGUAGCUACAUCAUAUUAGGCAAUUGCCAAGUAAUUAUAUUUGCUAAACUGAAGCUAGCUUUCGUAUUCAUAAAGUAGCUUCUGUUUUUAUGCUGUAUGGCGUUGCUCAAAAACGUAUUCAGCUGCCUAAAAUGAGUUGUGAUACAAGUAGGAAACUGGUAGGUUGUGCUGUUUUUUUCAGACUGAAAAAAUUGAGAAUCUCCCAAAGAGUAUUGCUUUACACCAUUUUGCGUACGCUGCAAACUUUAGAAAAUACUGCACUUUAACUACCUUAUCGUUGAGGUGGAUCUGGUUUUAUUUUGUGUCAGUAAGGAGGGAAAUUAUGUUCUGUUGCCUGAUACCGUCAGUGCAUUACAGUAUAAUGUGGCCAAGUGCUUGUUUUUUUUUCCAUUCAGUGUCAUGUUAGAGAUAUGUUCCACUGUGAAUCUUCUAAAAGGAAAUGGGUGCUUCUAUAAUACCUCCCUUGGGUUUCAACUCAGUUGCAUUGUAAGAAUAAUCUAAGGUUUUUUUUUUGUCACUAUCUUUAAAUGUGAUGUUGAUGUGACUCCUGAACAUAUUAAUCAGAUUUAUAAAACCAGCUCUGACACCAUAACACUUGAAUUAUGUGGCAUAAAAUGGGAAGAUGUCACCUAUAAUUAAAUGCCCCAUUGUACUAUUAGUUAAUGCCAGGGAUCACUAUUUAAGUUUCAGUAGAAAGCUAUAAACCAGCUGUUUUUGCAGUUUUAGCCUUUUUACAUCAAGCACCAUAUAUACUGCCAACCAUUGUUGAAGGCACACUACAAUGUUUCAAAUGUGUGAAGUCAUUGUUUUUAAUUUAUUGCACAACAGUAUGAAUAUCAAUGUUAGUGACUUUGAACUUGUUUGAGAUGAGUAAUUAUCAAUUAUCGUUAUCAGUCAUUGUUAAAUUUGAAUGUCUACUCUUCUUUUACGUCUCCUAAAUUGCAUUACGCAUUUUUUAUUAUAACUUAAAUUCACAUCAUUAUAUGAUAUGUGCUGUGAUGGAUUACUGUACUCAAGCAUGUUUUCAGUCUCUGAGAAAUUGUCUUUUAUACCAUUCAUUGAAAUCAGUGAAAAUCUGCGGCUGCCUGGAGGGUAAAAUUAUGAAAAAUCUAAAACUUUUAUUGUCUCAUAGCUUUACCUCUCCAUUUUAGAGACAGCUUAAGUGAAAUUACCUUAAUUUACAAGCCUUAUUCUGCCUAAAUAUAAUGACGUUAUUGUUUGAAACCAAAGGGUUUUGUAUUUGAAAACAAUUCACAUUCACUUUUUUCACCAAAGAAUUUAAUUAUUUAAAACAUAAUGUAUUUUUCAGUUUUUGUUAUUUUUCUGGGGACUGUUAGUCUACUGGGAUUCUGACCAUUUAACAAUACAGUUUUACGCUUUGUGCAAAAAAUAUUAAAAUAAUUUAAAAAGAUGUCAAUGGAAGUGCUGUAUUUGUAUCAUAUAUAUACUAACUUAUACUGUUUUUUGGCUACAGAGAAAACAUGAUAGAAACUAUUAA